CGAGAUCCGAAUGAACUACGUUCCGCUCACCGUUCACUUCCGUCGCCUCCAAAACAGAAGGAUUGACGUGCUUGCGUUCUCGGUGCUAAGAAUUCUUUCGAUUUGUUCGUUUUUCGUUCCUGCGAUCUGAUUUUAGAUCAUCAUGCCAAAGAAUAAAGGAAAGGGAGGUAAAAACAGGAGGAGAGGAAAGAACGAGAAUGAAACCGAAAAAAGAGAGUUGGUGUUCAAGGAAGAUGGACAAGAAUAUGCUCAAGUAACAAAAAUGCUGGGUAACGGCAGAUUAGAAGCCAUGUGCUUCGACGGAGUCAAGCGGUUGUGCCACAUCCGGGGAAAGCUUCGAAAAAAGGUGUGGAUAAAUCAAGGAGAUAUCAUAUUAAUCGGAUUGCGAGAUUAUCAGGAUGCUAAGGCAGAUGUUAUAUUGAAAUACUCUGCCGAUGAGGCGCGCAAUCUGAAAACUUACGGUGAAUUCCCAGAAACUGUACGCAUCAACGAUACAGUCACCUUCGUGGAAGAUGGAUUCGACGAGGAUAUUGAGUUUGGUGAUGAGAUAAGUGAUGAUGAUGAAGAUGAUGUUGACAAUAUCUGAUGACCUGCAGUGUAAUAAUAAAGAAAAGGUACAUCACGAAAAUGCUUGGGGGAAGCUCUAUUCAUUUCACUGAAUUAUCCAACAUCAAAAAGUUUCCUUCUAAUCCACAGUAGCUCAUCAUCUCUGUACCGAUAUAAAAAUACAUAUAUAGAAAUAAAUUAUCAGUUCACGGACAGCAGUACUCGAAUUCGAAAUUUAUAUGUGGUUGAUUGUGAUAUUAGUAAAUUUUGUAUAAAACUUUUGAGUUUUUCUUCUUUAAUAGCAAAUUUUUGCAGGUUUUUUUAACAUAUGUCGCAAUAUUUUUUUGCGUUGAUUUCAAAUGUACAGAAUAACCGACACCUGUGUGUUUUUCACAGUUUUUCUGUAUAUUUCUCUCAUGUUUGUAUCGUGUAUUUACUUACCAAUGUAACAUGUAUGUCAUUAUUUAAAUCGGAAAUAGAAAUAUCACUGUUGUAUAUCACAAUUCUCAUAUUUUGUGUACAUUGAAAUGUUUUAAUGAGCAAUUAAGAGGAAGGAACGUAAAAAAUUACAUCUUAUCAAGCUUCGACGAUAGCGUAAAACAAGUUAAAAUGCAAUAUUAGCUAAUUACUGAAUUAAUAAAAAUUGAGAAACAAACAUAUAACAUGAAUACAAAUUCUCAACAAUAGUAACUUAUUAUUUUAAUGUAGCUCCGAUUGAUGAACACAUAUAUUUGUUAACGAUCAAAUCUGUUACGACAAACAAUGUGUGAUGUAAUUCUCGAAGGAGACAAUUUGCGUUUUUGUUAUGUAGCAGUGCAAUUUGUAUCGGAAAGAAGCUGUAGUACAUACGUGUAUGUAUACGCACACAUGUAUGUGGUAUAUACACAUAUAUAAAUACUACAUUUCGACAUUUGGCUAUCCAACAACGACGAUAAAUGUAAUAAGUUACUUGAUUACUUUUGUAAUAAUAAAAGAAUCUGAGAAAUAUCAAAUAUUGUUUGCGAUUAGAUUUAAGUGAGAGAAACAUUAAAAUUUUAUUAUAAACUUGAAUUUUUUUCAUGUUGAAUAAAAUAUAUGUUCAAAAAAUUA